AUGGCCGAGAACGGCACCGCUCUUCCGUCCAGCUCGUCCGCUCGCGAGUCUUCCGCCGAGGGCAAGGCCAAGGGGAAAGCCAUCGCCGAGGAUGUUCCCCGCCAUGACGCCGUAGAGGAGGACGACGAAGACGACGACGAAGACGACGACGACGAAGACGACGAGGCAUGCGAAGAGGAAGAGGAUGGCAUGGAGGAGAUUGAUCUCAACAACAUCGUCGAGGGUGGUCGCCGCACCCGUGGCGCCAACAUCGACUUCGCCAAGGCUGCCGAGCAACUCCCGGCCGAGGACGAGGAUGAGGAGGAUGAUGAUGACUUUCAACCCCCUGCCGACGACACCGAGAUGUCGGGCUAG